CUGUGGCUUGCACAGCGCCUCCAUUGAACACACGUCUGCAGUUAAUACGUCUUAAAUAAUCUUGUUUGUGAAUGUGAAAAUGCUUUAAUGAAAAGAAGGUAUCAAUGGUGCACACAGUACAUCCUGCUUGGGGCAACAGGAGCUGUCUCAGGUUCGGAAUCUACAGCGAGGCUCUGGAAGACGAACAGUCACACCACACCAAAACAAAAAACAAGAGGCUGCACUACGGCGUCGUCGCUGGCAUGGUCUCCGUCGCGACGCUUUUAGUGGGACUGAUGGUGUAUAAUAUGGUGAGCAGUUAUGGGCUGCCCACGAGACAGAAAGAUGUACAGCAGUUUCUGAUGCUCAGAGGGCCAACAGAGCAUCCCAUUACAGCCACAGCCGAGAAAAGCAGAACCAGCUCUACAACGACAGAAUCCACCAUUACUGUGGCACGUCCACAUAUCGUCCAAUCAGAUUACACGUAUCAUAACGUGUCGACUCGAAGCGAUUUGACAGAUGAAGGCCUCGAGGCAACAUCGCACCACUUAUCACAAGCCUUACCCUAUAGAUACAUCUCAUUGCCUGAGGCUGGGGUCACACAAGAAGAUACGAGGUUUAGUAACGGCAAUUAUGGGAGGUUCCAAGAAACCAAUCCGUUUACCAGUGACGCGACACGAAACACACCGCCUAAGAGGCGACAGGAAGGGACAUCCCUUGACAUUCCUGGAAAAGAUAAUUAUCCAGUGUACUGGUUACCUUACCAAACGUUACGAUCAGACCCAUUAAUAGAGAGUAGAAUUAUGGGUAAUACGAAUUAUCAGAUACCGCGACCUUUCAAAGCAAGGAACUUGACAAAUGAGAGACCUACACACAACAGGCUUAAAGUAUUCAAAAAUGACCCGCAAACUGCACUUCCGUAUUACGGCUUCGGCUCUCAGAAUACGUAUCCCCAACUCACCAAUUACCGUUACCCGAACGGAGCCAAAAACAUUCAAGAUAUAAUUAAAUACCUCACAUCAGAUGAUUCUAACACACCAUCUUCUAGUAACAAAAAUCAAGAAAAGACUGUGUUUCAGGCACCCAGAGGCUACAGAAGAAGGUUCAAGUUCACUGGUGUAUACAAAACCGAUGUAAAUAAAGAUUCCCUUGAAGAUUACACUAAACCUCAAGAGUCAAUGGAAGAUAUAAAAGUGUCAAGUCAUCAGAACAAAAUGUCGGAUUCAUCGCUGAACGGUCACGCUUACAUUGCCGACCCUUUCCACGCCUUCAAGCCCUCCGACCCUUCAGAAAUUAAUCUGUUGGCAAACAGUGAUUUCCGCUUUGCUCCUUUUGAAAAUCGUAUUCGGUUCGUUAACAACCGACCAGAUGGUACUCGAUGGGGUGUACUUGAGAUAAAUCCAAAUGAUAAAUACUUUCCACGUCCUCCUAUAAAUUUUGAUAAGCCCUCAACUACACCGUCUUCGCUUGAACCAGCAAUGCAAACAUACCCAGGCACAUACACUUCAGUUAUCUAUCGGCCGCUGGGAAAAGAACCGGCAACAACGCCUCAUCCGGCAACGAAGUCACCAAAACCGAUGAAGCCGUUUAGUGUGAUGCUGGAUAUAUACCCGAUGAUGGUUAAUAACGUACCUCAAGCUACUGUCGACCCACACAAACACAUGCAGAUGAGACCAGUUGUGAGACAUGGUCACGGUUUUGGGCAGCGUGUACGGUUUCCGCAUGGUGACCAUCAAGGCAGGUUCCCAGAUCCGGAGACAGACGGCGAAUCUAAACACCAAAUGGUUGUUCACCUCAAUCUUUACCCGAAAAGGAAAAAGAACAAUUUGAAUAGCAGAAACGAUGCGGUUCAGAGUUUCCAUGUUGAUGUGAAGAGCACCAAGUACUGCUGUGAUGGCAAUCCAAUGGAGACUCUUCGAAAAAGAUCUGAGCUUCUCACCGUGGUCUUAAUGAAUAGUUCUGGCUCCUGGGACAUAACGACAUGUAGUACGGUGAAAAAUGAAGCAAUGUUUCGUAUGAAUAUAUCGUCUCCAUUUUCAGGAUCGAUGAGUAAGCCAAGCAAGAAACGAGAAAUAAAUAUUUCUGCUGGCUACCUGCUUCUUGCUCGGCUUAUUCUUAAACCGUGAAGAUGGAGAUGACGUGUUCCUCCGAAACAUCGCUUGACUUUCAAUAGACUACACGAAGCAACAUUUCUGACAUAAGAAGUCUUCAUAACCACAGAUGUGAGGACCUAAAUUCCUUCAAAUUCAGUUGACUGGCACAGUGUUGUUGGUUUCCGGAAAAUGAAGUGAGAUUCGAAUUUUCACCUUGAAUUCUUUUGUUAGUAAUAUUCGCACAACAUUAUUACUUCGUGUGAAACAAUAAGAUCAAUAUUUCGAUCACAACUGGAUCUUGGACAGAAACUGCUUGCCCUACGUGUCUGUGUCUAGGCUCUUAUUCCAGAAGAUAAAACUCUUCAUUUCCUUCACUGUUUGUCAUCUUUUUGAAACUAUUUAUGUAGGGCCUAGAACACAGCAUACGGAGCCGGGAUAGGUCACUCACUAUACGGACUAUUUUACGGGGCUCAGCUACAUAGGAACAGAACCUCAUGAUUUUCCAUCAGGGGCAGAGAAUUGUUUGUUCUCCGGUGUCCAGACCGGAUCUGGGGCCCACCCAGCCUCCUCUAGAGUGGAUAACGGGGACUCUUUUUCCCAAGGGUAAAGUGGCCGAAGCGUGAAUUUGAUCACUCAUCUCCGUCUACUACCGACGAUGAGAAUGCGUGGCGCUAUGUCUCUACUCUCCCAUACUCCUUCAGAGCACGAUGCGUAAUUAAACACGGGGACAACUAUUACCAUUACGUAGAGCAGUUGUUUCCAAACUUCAUACAAUAGCGCCACCACGUAUUACAAAAGGUCUCAUCAUUCCCCGUUUAAAAUUGUAUGCUUUUUCAGUUUUUCUUUUAGGCAGCGUUUACACGAGCGCACAAAAAGCGUCCGUUAUAGAAAUAAACAAGAGAGACGAAUACUACGCUUUGCUCUGCCUCCAUUGCAGACAAAAAAACACGCAUCGCAUUCUGCAACUGUGUGGUGUCCUCAAC